CUCCUUAUUCCUUCCUCAAAACUUGCCAAACCCUUCAACAAAGACAAAGAAGGAAGAAAACUUGAUCGUUUUUGUUUUCUCGAAAGAACUUGGAAUAACUAAUAAUAAUAUUCGAGGAAGAGAGAGCAAAGAAAAAGUUUGUAAUUCAUAAUUAAGUACAAAUAGAGAUAAAGAGAAAGAUCACAUGAUUGCAAAAACAAACAUGAAGCCUAUCAUUGGCAAGUUGUACUGUUCAUCGUCUCAUACGGUGCUUGUGGUGAGGAAGAGGCCACACGUGGUGAAUGGUGGGGGGUUUGUAGUCAUGGAUUGUAGUGCUCAGAGGGUUGUGUUCAAGGUCGAUGGUUGUGGUGUUCGUGGCAAAAAGGGUGAGUUGAUUCUAAGAGAAGGAGAUGGAGACACUUUGCUCCUCAUGCGUCGAAAGGGAGGCAUGGUUGAGGCCCUGAGCAUUUACAAGAAGUGGAAAGGUUACAGUGUAGACUAUGAAGGAUCACGGAAGCUGAUUUUCAGCUUGAAAGAACCCAAUUCUUGUUUGGUGAAUAACAAUGCAAUCAGAAUCUCCACUAGGAACCGAGAAAGGGACUUUAAGAUCAGUGGCUAUUUCCCGGAUAAGUGUUGUAGCAUUGUUGACUCUAAAGGCAACGAGGUAGCUCAGGUGGGAGUGAUGAAGGAAGUGGAGGAAUUGAUGGAAAGCAAGGAUUUGUACCAUGUGGUGGUGAAACCUGGGAUGGAUCAAGCUUUUGUUUUUGGAAUCAUCGCUAUCCUUGAUUACAUUUAUGGCGAAUCCACCCACUGCUAAACCUAUAACUCAUCAGAGCAUGCUCUGAGUUUUGUGAUUAAUUUUUUUAUAUGUAGGAUUACUCUUUCUCCCAUCACAGAGGUGUAUGUGAAUCUUGUUGCCAAAUGGAGAUUUGUCUUGUUUAAUAAUGAUGAAUAUAAUGUGAUCUAUUACCUAUAAAUUCAUUCAA